AUGUUAUCUGCCUCUAGCUCUGCCAACUCAAAUUUGAACCCGGACUUUCCAUUGACAUUGCCACUGCCAUCGAUCUUCCAGAAUAGUGCCGGAGCUAUGAAUCCAUCACUUCUAUUCAACCCACCAACGACUCUGACUCCCUCGUUCCUGCUGCCCUCGAACCCUUCGAUGAUGCAACACAACUUUGGACAGGAUAUCCAGCAAAAUUACAUGGACAUGCCCAACAUGGUGGACCAAUUCCAGAUGGGCCACCACCAAGGCGGCCACGGCGCCACCCACCACUACUCGCCCGCCAUCCAAUACCCAUACCUCUAUCUGCAGCACUCGGCCGCACAGCACGUCCAGCAGCAACAGCAGCAGAACCAUGUGCAUCCACACAUGCAACAGACAUCGGCCUCGCCAUCCACACCAACCAAGUCGGUCAAGAGAAAGCACUCGACCACUUCGUCGGACAAGAAGUCCAGCGACCCCUUGUCACCAAACACAGUGCCCAAGUGCACACGCUGCAAUGAGACGGCCUCGUGGAGACACGACAAGAGAAGAUGGUGGUGCAAGGAGUGCAAGAAGGCCUUCACACCAGGCAUCUCCAAGCAGCAGAAUACCAACGCCUCAUCGCCAUCUGCGCAGGUGCCCCAGCUUCAGGCUGGUGGUUGGGAACAGACCCAGCCCAACAGCUCGCAGAACACACCACCCUCGGUGCCACAGAACCCCAACAUGGUGACUCCCGUCAGCUGCAACUGCCCCAACUGCGGCGCCAUGGCCUGCUGGAAACACGACAAGAAGCGCUGGUACUGUAGAGACUGCAAGAAGCCGUUCACUCCACCAGGAGACGUGCCCACAUCGCCCAAGUCCAGCAAAAAGUCUAGCAAGGCCAAGAAGGCCUCGCCAUCCCUACAGCAACCCCAGGUCAUGAUGACCACGGCCUCACCAUCACAGUCACAGAUCGUGCCCAACCCACUAGGCACCCUGCCGCCAUUCCACCAACAGAUGCAAUUCCCAUCGCUGCCACCUCUGAUGAACAAUCAGAAGGAGCUGACCAUGCCAAACACCAUGCGCACUCAGUCGUCGGGCACACCCCCAUCAAUCCCAUCGCCAUCAUCCAUCAUCAAUGUGCCCAAUGGUGUCAAUCAGGGACAGUCAUCGCCAAGCAAGAAGCAGUCACAGGGCUCCAAGAAGAAGGAUGACAAGGUGCCCAAUGGCGACGGUCUCCAGGUGUUGGUCAGCGUGGACAACACCCUAGCAGACCUUGGACGUGGACAAAUAAUGGGAGACAUAUCUGACUAUUCUAAGAUGAGCAUGGGCAGCAGCAAGUUCCUGCCAGACCUCAACAGAUUCCUUCCAUCAUAA